GUUUGAAUAAAUGAGGCUUCGGAGGUGCAGCGGCUGGUUGCAAAGAGAUCGCAAGCGAUGGGGAGAGAGCCGAAACGUCUCGUGUGAUUUUCUAAACAGAGAACUCCGGCUUCAGACGACCCGUUCACGUGGUGAAGGAGAAAUAUACAUAAUUGGUGACAGAAUCCUGUUUGUUUCACAUCAAAGAAAUGGUAGUUUAUGAACCUUUCUCUUAUGCCACUCCAACCCAGAGCAGUUUCUUCAGUGCAUGAAGCUAAACAUCAUGUUCUCAGAACUGGAUGAGAGUGACUGUGAGGAACUACCCUUCUUUUCUGUAAACAAACCUCCUGACCCACAAAAUAGCAUCCAACCUUCUCCUGAGAACCAAGUAGUUGUGCUCUUCAGCUCAGACUCAGAGGAUUCAUUCCUUUGCUCACCUGCCAGGAAAAAGCCCUAUGGUCCAUGCAAGUCAGUCAAGAUGGUUUCUUCUACAGAUGUGAGACUGCAGCUCAGUAGCGAGAGUGAGGAGGAGGAGGAGGAAAUGCUUGUCCCCUUGGCCGAAAGGCUCCAAAGGAAGUUGCUGGUAGCCGGACCCUCUACAACUGCUCCUUCAUUUACUAGGAUCCAAACAAAGAGUGGCCAAGAGUCCACUAGGCAAAAUAGGCCCUGUGUCAGUGAUGAAGAAUUGGCGCCUGCUCGCUGGCAGGAGCCACUACCUGCUGGCUUAGAUCUCCAAGAAAAUGUGGCACCCAGCACUUGGGAACUUUCAGACAGUGAUCAGGAGCUAUCUUCAUGGGAUGCUAAGCCACAAUCCUUGCCCCAGCUUCCAGUUUGCAUCCCUGAUAAUAAGAUGCAGGAUGUUACCCGCCAAAUAUGUCUGAAGCCCUUUCCUCUUCAGACAAGUACGAGACAGAACCAUAAGGGUUUGGAAAAAGCUUGCCAGGCUGCCCUGCAGAAGAGCAAAGAGCAAGGAGGUCAGAAACAGCUGCAGGAGCAAGAGAAACGGAGGAAAGCAGCUGUGGCCCAACUUCACAAAGCCCAAAGACCAGAGCAGUGUCUGAAACACAUUCAAGUAGUGUUAGACCCAGGUCUCUUACAGAUUAAUGGUGCGAAUGAGAUCCUUGCUGCUUUGCAGUCAAUGGAGAGUAGCUAUGUGAUUGAGAGCCAAACUGUGCCCUGCAGCAUCACCUGGAGAAGGAAAACUGCCCUGACACAGGCUGAAGAAGACAACUGGAUGGAAGAACCCAAUGUCCUAGUGCCCGUGCUGCUCCCAGACUUCAUUGCAAUGAUUCAUAACGGCAAGCAGGCUAGGAUGGAAGGUCCUACUGAAACACUGCAGAGUUUUGUGGCGAAAAUCAUAGAGAAAAUUCCUGGGAAAACGCUGUCAUUGGCGGUAACAGAACUAGAAAAACACUUCAGUUCUCAGAAACCCAAGGCACAAAAGAAGCUGCAGCAAGCAGAGCAAAGUAGCAGCAAGGCACAGGAGGAAGGCAAGCCAAGGAAACGGAAAGAAAAAGCAAUUCCAGUUUCUCAGUUGUCUAGACUGGAUGUGGAAGAAGCUCUGGUCGAGCUGCAGCUUCACACAGGUGUCCAGGUUCAAGUGCUUGCAAGCUGGAAGGAGUUUGGAGAAUUUGCUAGUAUGUUCACUAAAGCUGUGGCUGAAGCCCCAUUCAAAAAGGAAAAAAAUAAAACCAGCUUCUCCUUCUGCCUCGAGGGAGACUGGUGUAGAGGUGUGAAGGUGGAUCGUAGUGGAAAAGGACUGCUUCAGGUAUGGAAGAGACAGAUUCAGCAAUUCAACCGAGUCAGUCUGGAGAUGGCCAGUGCCGUUGUAGCCCGGUACCCUUCUCCUCUGCUUCUGAUGCAGGCUUAUGAUAGUCACACUUCAGAGCAGGAGCGACGCAACCUUCUUGCGGAGGUCCCCGUCCGUCGUGGCGAUGGAGUGACGACAACAAUGAGGCGAGUUGGUCCAGACCUCUCCAAACGGAUUUAUUUGCAGAUGACUUCUCGUAAUCCUGACCUUUCCCUGGACGUUACUGGUUGAACUUAAAAGUGUGGAUUUCUGUAAAAUUCUACUUAAGCAACUUUAAAAAACAUAAUUACUUCUUCUAAAUUAAACUUUUCUGACGCUAGUGCUUGGAUCUCAAUCUAAACUCUGAUUUUUUUUUAUCCUGCGGAAAUCUUCUGAAAACCCAUUUGUGAAGAUAAACAAUUUGAUGGAAAUUAAAAACUGAAGUUCUUUUCCUGUGUAAUACAUUAUAAAUUUUAGAGGGCUCUUUUAAAAGGUAAAAAUUAUCUGAAACCUAUGAGCUGAAUGGCUUCCAAUAAACAAGCGAAACAUUUCAUUUCCUUAACUUAGCAUUAUUUACUAUUGUUUUAGAAAGUAUAUUUGAAGAUAGCUGUGUACACUCCUCGGAACGUAGUAAGUCUAGCAUAUAAAGAAUUCAGUAAACAACAUUUGUCAGG